AUGAGACGGAGCAAGCAGCAGCGGCAGAUGCACAAGGCCGGCACGUUGUUGAUCAUGGCGGCCGUGCUUGUGGCAGGCGUGGCGGGCUACGUCCGUAUCCCCCAGCCCAUGCUCGAGGCUGCUGUGGCGAGCGACGCCAUUCCGCCGGUGACCUGGCUGGACCAGCCGCGGGACCACUUUUCGGCGUCGGGCGGAGGCGCGAGCUGGAAGCAGCGGACGUGGUUCAACGACGCCCACUACGUGGAGGGAGGCCCUCUUGUGGUCAACAUCAACGGCGAGGGCCCCGCAUCGGGCUUCUUUGCCGCAGGCGGCAUCUCGUACGAGGUGGCGGUCGCCCAUGGCGGCGCUGUGCUCUCGCUCGAGCACCGCUACUACGGCGAGUCGGUGGUCACGGCUGAUCUCUCGGUGGACAACCUCCAGUGGCUCACCUCGCAGCAGGCGCUGGCGGACACUGCCGCCGCCAUCGAUCACUUCCGCACAGCGUACAAGAUUACCGGGCCGACUCUGGUGGUCGGCGGCUCGUACUCGGGCGCCCUCUCGUCCUGGUUCCGCAGCAAGUACCCGCAGGUUGCCAACGGCUCGCUCGCCUUCUCGGCGCCCGUCCUCGCCGCAAACGACUUUUCCGCCUACGACGAGACAACCCGCGAGUCGGUCGGCGAGGCGUGCGCGGCCAAGAUUGCCGACGUCGUCUCCACCAUCGACACCAUGUUUGCCUCGGCCGCCGGCCGCGACAAGCUCGCUUCGCAGUUUAACAUCUGCGGCUCACUUGACGCCACCAACACCUCCAAGGCCCUGUUCAUGUUUGGUGCAGUCGUCGACUGGAUCGAGGAGAUUGUGCAGUACGACAACCCGCCGGCGCUCCCGCUGAAGCCGGCGUGUGCCCAGCUGACGGCCGCCGCCGAUCCGUUUGCUGCCUUCCUUGACCUGUACUACCAGUUUGGCGGCUCGCACUCGGAGUGCAACGACCUCGACUUUAUGAAGCAGGAGGCGUCGACCCGCAUCGACACGUCGGCCAUCGGCGGCCGCAUGUGGUUCUGGCAAAAGUACUCGGAGUUUGGCUUCUACAAGCCGCUCAACUCGCCGCGCUCGGUCGUCGUCUCGGACGCCGUCGACAUGGACUUUUUCGCCAACACCGUCAACGGCGCCAUCUUUGGCAAGCCCGGCCUUGCCGACACCGACGCCACCAACGCGUUCUUUGGCGGCAACACGCCCGACUCGACAAACGUGCUCUUCAUCAACUCGCUCGUCGAUCCGUGGCACGACCUCUCCGUCUACAACGCCACCAACGUCGGCGCCAACCAGUUUGUCCUCUACGACGACGCCGGCCACUGCGCGCCCAUGAUGCCGCCUACGGCCCAGGAUCCGCCGCAGAUGGUCGCCGCCCGCAACGCCGCCAUGGCCUUUGCCGCCAAGAUCUUUGCCGCCCAUACGUGGAAGCGGGCGGCAGCCAACACGACGCGAUGCUUGGUCGGCUGCACCGUGGGCGAUCUCGGCGCGCUGACGUACCUCUCGGCCACCGCGCCGACCAUGUCACCGGCCAUGAUGAUGGGCAUUGCCAUGGCGUCGGGCAUCGGAACGUCCUUGGCCCUUGAGACCGCCGUGCUCAAGUGGAAGGAAGGCUUCCCCACCUGGUCCACCGCCGCAUCCACCGCCGCCGGCAUGUCCAUGGGCUCCAUGCUCGCCAUGGAGUCGGCCGAGAACGCUGUCGAUUGGUGGCUCACCGGCGGCGCGCCGAGCCUCACCACGCCCGAGGGCCUUGCCGCCGCCGCCGCCGCCAUGGUCGCCGGCUUUGUCGUCCCGCUCCCAUACAACUACCACCGCCUCAAGAAGUACGGUAAGGCCUGCCAUUGA